ACAGAGGGGAUAAUGUUGUAUUUUGCGUCUGUCAGUCUGUCACUAUCUGGAACCUCUUUCGGCGAGAAUCCCACCUCGACUGUUCGGCUGCAGACACGCGGCACAAGUGCCACCAUCUCAUGACACGAAACCUUCCCCUCUUUCUUUUACUGUUUCAAAAUUUACAUACGUACUCACUCAUUUAUUCCUUCGUCAACAAAAAACAGGCAGAGAAGCCGAUCAUACUCUCAAAAUCUCUGCGUUUCCGUUUUUGCCCUGUCAAGUUUUUCUGUAUUUGCUCGGCGAUUCCAUAUAUGGAGGUGCCGUCUGGGUUUAUAGCCAAGCUAUGGAGUUUUAUCUCAUUUUUACCCUUCUUUCUCUUGCUCUUCACCCUUGGCCUUCUCAAAGGGUUGAUCAUAUGUCCAAUUGUGAUUGGCAUCAUAGCGGUUGGAAACUCGGCAGUGGUGAUUGGACUUUGGCCCGCCCAUUUUAUUUGGACUUACUACUGUGUAGCAAAAAGCAAGAGGCUAGGAUGGAUUUUGAAGAUUAUGGUAUUGUUGUCACUACUAAUUCCCCUGAUCCUGUGGCCCAUCAUUGCAAUUCUUGGAAGUAUCCUUGGGGGGAUAGGAUAUGGGUUUUUUGCUCCCUUGAUUGCAACUUUUGAGGCUGUUGGAGAAAAUGUGACUGACAAAUUUUACCACUGCUUUACUGACGGUUGUUGUUCAACUCUUGAAGGCAGCUGUACAGUGGUUCGGGAUUUUACAGAUUUUUGCUUCCAUUCCUACUUCUCCUACAUGGAUGAACUGGGUGAAGAAGUGUGCGAAGAUGAGAAGCCUAUGGACAUAAAGUUAUCAAAACUCCCAAGCUGUCUUUUGGUUUCUCUGCUUGCAAUUCCUGUAGAUGUUCUUCUCAUCUCUGCAGUUGCUCUAUGGAAAAGCCCAUACAUGUUAUUCACGGGGUGGAAGAGGUUAUUGGAGGACUUGAUAGGGAGGAAAGGCCCAUUUCUGGAGACAGUAUGUGUGCCAUUUGCUGGCCUAGCUAUCCUUUUAUGGCCUUUAGCCGUAGUAGGAGCCGUGAUGGCUGCUUUCUUCUCCAGCUUCUUUCUUGGUCUUUAUGGAGGAGUGAUUGUCUAUCAGGAAGAUUCUCUUUGCAUGGGACUUGCAUACAUUGUGGCAGUAAUAUCUCUGUUCGAUGAAUAUGCAAAUGACUUACUUUAUUUGAGGGAAGGGUCAUGCUUUCCCAGGCCUCGUUACCGGAAAAGCUUGAGUCCUUCCAAUGGCCUAGAAAGAAUAAAGUCGCUUGACAGGAAAGUUGGAAGAGAAGGUUCACGCAAUUCAAAGCUUGUUUCAGAAGGAUCAAGAACGGUAAAGCAAGCAAUUCAACAAUACACACCAGUGCAGGUAUGGGAUUGGCUCUUUAAAUCUUGCGAAAUUAAUGGGAAAAUGCUCCUCCGAGAGGGUCUGAUAAAUGUCAAAGACAUUGAGGUAUGUAUUCUGAAAGGAAAUUGUAAAAAGCUGGGCAUCAAGCUGCCUGCUUGGUCCAUUUUGCAAUGCCUUAUUGCAUCAGCAAAGUCUGGUUGUUCUGGGUUGCUUAUCUCUGAUGAAUUGGAAUUGACCUGGAUUAAUCGGCCAAGAGAUAAAUUUUUUGAUUGGUUCAUUGGGCCACUCUUAACCAUGAAGGAGCAGAUAAGGGGACUUAAACUGGAGGAAAAUGAGGAAAUUUGCUUGAAAAAGUUGAUCAUGGCAUGCAAAAAUGAUAGACCCGAGGAAUGGGAUGACACUGGAUUCCCAUCCAGUGACAAUGUUAGAAAAGCACAAUUGCAAGCUGUUAUUAGGAGCUUGAAUUAGUGUACCUAUAUCUAUACAACAGGCUGCAAGGAAUUGUUGCUUCCAUGUCCCGGAUACCAACAUUUAGACGUCGUUUCCAGAAUUUGGUGAAGCUGUUGUAUAUAGAAGCUAUGCAGACUGGUCUCUUGGUGGAUCAUGCUGUUGGUUUAUCAAAUUCUGGACGUGGUAGCAGAUCCUAUCAAAGAGGGAUCAGAAAAGAUGAGGAUACAGAGGACAGUAAGGAGAUUACUCAUGACAUUGUAAAUGCAGUAUGAUUAUAAAUCACGAGAUAUUUUCACCAGCAACUUAUGAUACGAGUUAACUCCUCCUAAUGCAUAUUGUUCGUAACUUGUAUAUUUAUGCCUAGCAUUGUCCAGCAUGUGAUUAUGUGGUGUUUGACGUGUAUAGCGGUUUUCAGCGCUUCUA